CAAGUCCUAAAUAAUUCAAAAUAAUAAAUUGUUUAAUAAUAAGUGCUUUUCUAAUAGUAUUAUUGCGUUGCACAAAGACUAUAAAAAACAUCGAUGUUUAUCAUUAAGAAAUCGAUGUUUUCAACAAGUGUAAAAACAUCGAUCGAUGCAUCGAUUCUGCGAUCGAUGUUUCUCCACCUCUAGUCAUUUGUAAAUAUGAAGUGUGAAGAAUCUCAUCAACUUGCGUAUGCCAGCAAAUAUAAAUUGUAUCAAAUAGAUAUAUGAAAAAGUGAUGAAAAGAUCGGAUUUGUGUUUUGUAUUGAAUUAGAAAAACUAAGUGAAUAAUCGGCACGGCGCAGCGGAACAAACAAAACAAAACACGGCGGGGCAGCAGGCAACAGGGGCGCAACAACAAACAAUAGCAGCGAAACGGGGCUCAACAACAGAAUGGAUGUUGAAAUACCUGUUUUGGCUGGAUAUCUUAAUGUUCCAACACAAACUGGAUUUUCGCUAAAUCGUAUCUCGAAAAAGAAAUCAUGCAGUCGAUAUUGCCUGCUAUUCAAGGCAAGUCGCCAUGGGAUCGCCCGCCUGGAAAUCUGCGAGAAUAAAGAUGAUAAGAAUCCAAAGAUCUUCACGCUGGAGAAUUGUGUGAAGAUCACGCAGGAGCCGCCGCCAGCGAAUCUCAUACAGAUUGUCAAACGCAAUGGACAAUUAACGCUCAACACGAACAGCGAUGAGGAGCUCAAGGAUUGGGUAACCGCCCUCCAAAUGGUCGCCUUCUGUGACAUUAGUGGCAUGCAUGCCGCCCACGGUGCCAUCGAGGAGGAUAACGAUCUAUACUGCAGCUCAUUUGAUGGAUUGUUUAUUAUUACGCUGAUACCGUCGGAGGCAUCGAUUAGGUGCAACAUCGAGCCACGCACCUACAUGCUGCAGAUGACGCCAACGGAGCUGCAACUGAAAUCGGAGGAUCUGAAUGUGACCAUUGCCAUGUGGCCGUAUCGCUUCAUACGCAAAUACGGCUAUCGCGAUGGCAAAUUCACGUUCGAGGCGGGCCGGAAGUGCACCACGGGCGAGGGCGUCUUUACGCUGGAUCACACCAAUCCGCAGGAGUUGUUUCGCUGCAUGUCCGCGAAGAUGAAGUCGAUGAAGAAGUUGAUCAGUGGCGACAGCCUCAGCAGCAUCGAAUGCAAUGAGAAUCAAUUUAGUGCGGCUGCUGGCAUGGAGCCCGGCUCACGCAGCCCGUUGCCGCCAUCGCCGUCGAGUAAUCCGCAUGGCGGUGAAUUCGAGAUCAAUUCGACACAAAGUUGCAUCUCGUUGCGGGGCUUCAUCAGCUCGAAUGAUUCGCUGAAUAACUUCUCAUCGAAUGGCAGCAUCAAUGUCAGUUUGUCGGUGCCAUCAACGCAAUCGUCGCAAUCGCAAUCACAGUCGCAAACGCAAUCGCAGCUGAAGCACAUUCCCAAUAAGCCGCCACGCAAGUUGCCAUCACCAUUGGACAAACUGACGACGACGACGGGGACAGCGAUUGGAACUGUUGUUGGAGGAGCUUCGGCAGCGGCGGCGGCUGCACUUCAAACUCAAUGUGAUAACAAUAAAUACAAGAAUCUUGUGAAAUAUGAACCCGUUGCCAUAACGACAUCGUCCGCCUCGGAUGCGAACAGCAAGAACAGCGGCGGCGGCUCGGCUGUGAUACUCAAGCCCAGCAGCCCGGCACCGGAGCUGUUGCAUCAUCACCAUCCGCCCGAUUUGCCGCUGCGCAACGAGAGCUGCGGCGGCGGCAAGCUGUUGACUGUGGAGCGCGACUACGAGUGCAUCGAGAACAUUACGGAUGCGUGGAAGACACGCGGCGUUGGCGAUGUCCGGCACUGUGAGCGCAUUCCAUCCGCCACGCUCAGCUGUGACACGGACUUUGUGCGUCAGCGUUCGCAAGGGAAGCGCAAGGAUGCUUCGAAUGGAGGCAAUAGCGGCACAUCAACACCCAAGAUCAUCGAUAUCGACAUUGGCGAGGGAUUGGGUGCGGGUUGUGGUGGUGGUGGUGGUGUGCUGGUCUCACCGGAUGCCAACUAUGAUCGAUUGGACUUUCUGUCGCCGAACAACAAAACGUCCAGUGGCUACAAGACAAUUGUGAAUCUCAAUUUGCCCGCGAAUCGAUUGCAUCGCUGCAGUCCGCCGCCUCCAAAUGAAUAUGAGCUGAUCGCUAGUCCCGAUACCGAGAGUUUUCGCAAGGCUGACGACAGUCAUUUGGGUUACGGAGUGCUGCGUAAAGCCAACAACAACACUGCCAACAGUAGCAAUAACAACAACAACAACAGCAGCAACACCAACAAUAAUAAUCUUAGUAGUAACAACAACAACAACAACAUCGCACUGCCUGCCAAUAACAUCUCAGCGGAUAUAUGCUUGGCGAGAGGCGUGGCCACGCCUCCGUCGACACCUCUAACAGCUACAACGCCAACAUCAACAUCAACAGGAGUCGCAACCACAACGAACAACAAGAACGAAGCAGCGCUCGAUCAUCGCAGUUACAACGGUCUCAACUACACCAUUGUCAGCAAGCCCAAGCGUGUCUAGAGACAGUGAGAGACAGACAGACAGAGAGAGAAAGAGAGAGAGAGAUAGAAGAGACAUAUAACUACUUAGUUAGACAGAGAGAGAAAAGGCGCAGCAUCAAUUAGAGCGAGAGCGAGAGCAAAGCGUACAAUUCGAAUACAAGCGAACAAUAGAAAGGAAGCAAGGAAGUGGUGCAAGUGCUCAAAAACACAUCCAGUGGAUCUCCCAAAAAUGCAAAAAAGAGCUCUUCUGAACCCAACAACCACCACAACAACGACAUGCCAUAAUUAAGCCCAGCAUUUACAGUAGAACAACACUAAACAUGUACUUAGAGAAACCAUCAAAUGCAAUUGAUUCUCGCUGCUUUUCCCCACAGCGGAAACGAAAUUGCGAGAGCUUAUUUCACUAUCACUUUAAGUUUACAACUGUUAUUUACCAUGCUCAAAUUGAAAGCUGAUUUUUCGAUUUGUGUCGAAAACAGUGUGUUUUAGCUAUAGCCACAAGUAUUCCCUAAGUAUUCAGCGUAAUGAACUAAGCCAUAACUUUGACUUGACAGCAAACAAAGUCUAUAAAGAACUAAAGUAUAGACUACAAUUUCGUCAGAUUCCACACUUAUGUUUAGUAUAGUAAAGUCAUGAUUGUUACAAUUUGGUAUUUGGAAAGCAUUCCACAUUUGAGCAGAUUUUGUAUUUUUUUUUUGUAUUUGUUGGAUAAGUAUUUAAACGAUAGUUUUGCUCAUUUUUGUUUGACACUUUAAUUCAUAUAAACUGUGAUUCUACUGUUAAAAAAAAAAGAAAGAAAUGGGGAAUGGUCUACUCUUGAU